ACACUUAGAUUGCUUUCUUCUCUCUCUCCUUAGCUUAAGCGAAAUCCAAGUUUGUAGAGCUUCUGAAUCAGUUACGCUCGGGCCUACAAUUUUCUCACAGGAUUUUCCGUCGAACUUUGGCCGGAGAAUGGCUUAUAUGUGUGCGGAUAGUGGGAAUCUAAUGGCUAUCGCUCAGCAAGUUAUAAAGCAACAGCAAGAGAAACAAAAAGAGCAACAACAUCAUCAGCAGCAACACCUUCUUGGUCUCAGUCCUGUUAGUCUAAACCCUUGGAGUCAACACGGCGAUUCCAUCUCACCCAGUCUUGGAUACGGGCUUUCGGGCCCGGGUUUUGCUGACCUCUUUCAGGGAGAUACUGGAGAAGUGUUUCAGUUCCCCCACAUGGGUCAUCAUAAUACGAGUGGGUUUCGGUUCCCGGAUUUUGCCGGUGGUUCGGGUGGCGAGUUUGAGACCGACGAGUGGAUGGAUUGCUUAAUGAACAGUGGAAAUUCAACGGAUAGUUCGAAUCUGCCACCUGGAUGUGAAGCUUGGCCAAGCAAUGCUGAUUUGGGUCUUUACGGUGCCGAUCCAUUUAGUGCUUGCCCGAAUCGUCUCAGCGUGGCAUGUCCUACGCCGUCUGAUCUGAACCGAGUGAUUUUCUCAGCAGAGGCAGAGAAAAAUCUUAGCAGUUCUCUUCAACCUCAGCCUCAGCCACCUACGUGGUCCCCAUCUCCUCUAUCUCAACCUUCUCAAGCAACCGUUAAAGAAACCAAAGCAAGCAGUCCCCCGAGCCAGACGCCACUCAGAAACGACGCCGCUGGGGUCUCAGUUGAUUCCCCCGAGAUCGAGUCUCACCCGCUUUUUAAAGCUUUACUCGUCUGUGCUAGACUCACUGAGUUGGAACCUGAAAGCGCGAUUAAAUCAAUGGAAGGACUCCGGGAGUCGGUGUCAGAAUUUGGAGAUCCUACUGAAAGAGUGGCCUUUUACUUCACCAAAGCUCUCUGUAGCAGAGUUCCUGUUCGGGCAGAGAAAAGACUGGAUCUGCCUGACACGACGUCGGAGGACUUCACUCUCUCUUACAAAGUAUUGAACGAAUCGUGUCCUUACUCGAAAUUCGCUCAUUUAACGGCGAAUCAAGCGAUUCUCGAAGCAACGGAGCGGGCAAGCAAGAUUCACAUAGUGGACUUUGGAAUUGUUCAAGGAGUUCAAUGGGCAGCUCUUUUGCAAGCGUUAGCUACCAGGUCAGUUGGAAAACCAACCCGGAUUCGUAUUUCGGGUAUACCUGCCCCGGUUUUGGGCUCCUCUCCGUCUCCUUCCCUUUAUGCUACGGGUAACCGUCUACGUGACUUUGCAAAGUUACUGGAUUUGAAUUUUGAGUUUGAACCGAUUCUAACUCCGAUUAAGGAACUUAGCGAGUCUUGUUUCCGGGUUGACGACGACGAGGUAUUGGCUGUAAAUUUCAUGCUUCAAUUGUAUAAUUUGUUGGAUGCAGCUCCGGUCACUGUUGAAGCAGCUCUCCGUUUGGCUAAAUCUUUGAACCCCAAAAUCGUGACAUUGGGUGAGUACGAAGCGAGCUUAAAUCGAGUUGGGUUUGUGAACCGGUUUAAGAAUGCUUUGCGGUAUUAUUCGGCCGUGUUUGAAUCGUUGGAACCCAACUUACCUCGUGAUUCACCAGAGCGAAUACAAGUUGAGAGACUAUUAUUGGGUCGGAAAAUCGCAGGGAUUAUUGGACAGGACGAAGAUGAAAACCUAAGGGAACGGAUGGAAGAUAAAGAGCAAUGGAAGGUUUUAAUGGAAAGUGCUGGUUUUGAAAUGGUAACCCUUAGCCACUAUGCAAUAAGUCAAGCGAAAAUUCUGUUGUGGAAUUACAAUUACAGUUCUUCGUAUUCGAUAAUUCAAUCCCAGCCUGGAUUUCUUUCUUUAGCUUGGAAAGAAGUGCCUCUACUCACAGUAUCGUCGUGGCGUUGAUGGUGAAAUUUUCCACUUGGUCAUUUUUCUCUAGUGUGGAAUGGAACCGCUCAGCUCAGUCUAUGGUGAGAAUUCAAGUGCAAAAUGCUUAUUUCCAUUGUUUUAUAUAUCAUUUUGAUUUUAUUUUUUCCCUUUGGUAUUUGAGUCCUGGUUUUAGAACUUUCAGCAUGGCAAAAAUUGUAAUGCAAGGGUAUAUGAAAUUCGUGGAGAUUAUACAUAACCCUUGGGUGUUUUGGGCGUUCGCUUCUUUAGGAGAAAUGUAAG